AUGAGGAAGAAGCUGCCAGAGCUCCACCACUCUGAGUUUAAAAAAAAACCCUUCUAUGCCAAAGUCUGGUCCAAGGCCAGUGCUGAGUGGGAGAAAGACAAGUUCUGGCAGUCCCAACUGCAGCAGGAUCAGGCCAUUGCCAUCAGGGCUUACACUAUGGAGGACCUGUACAAUGAGUUCAACGCGGCUGUGCGUGAGGCUGGGAAGUCCCGCCAGGAAUACCAGGACAAAUUCCACUUCAAGGGCACCUGCCUGCGUGUGUACCGGGGGGUCGAUGGGACCCGUCUUACCACCAAGUGUGGCCAGACCGUUCGCUUCGGCCAGUUCACCUCCAGCUCUGUGAAGAAAGAGGUUGCCAAGAAAUUUGGCACUGACACAUUCUUUGAGGUGGAGACUUGUCACGGUGCCAAGAUCCAGGGCUUCUCCCACUACCCCACAGAGCAGGAGGUGCUCAUUCCACCCUUUGAGACCUUCGAUGUCAUCAGGGCAGGAGAAUCCACAGGGACCCUCUGCACGUCCCUGGGCUCCUCCUGA